UCGUCCUGUUCUCGCCGGCAGCAGGAUGGAAAGUUUCAAGUCUCUAAACUGGUCCAGGAACACGCCAAUUCCGGUGGCGUUGCUGCACGAACACUUCUCGGUGGAUUACAGCCUUUUUCCGGAUGAUAUUUUUAAUCUCCAUAUCGACGAAAUCGACCCGAUUCAUCGGAUCGAAAACACGUUCAACGACCCGAUCUGUGCCAUCGAAAUGCCGAUCGAUCCUCGGACGGGUAAAACGGUGACGCAACUAACGGUGGACGCUACGGCACCGAUGGCGUUUUUCGACGCAUUCCCCUCCGGAUCAUCUCUGCCCCAUGAAGCCCAUCAGCACUGUUUGGGCGUGUUGCAUCAAAUCAACAUGCGACUACUGGGGCCCGCGAAAAACAGCAGAAACUACAAACGGUACACGAAACUAAUGACGGCUCUUGAAUCCGAACGGGAGCUGUUCAAUAACUUUGUUCGUAACCAUUUCGUGACGAAUCUUCUGUGGCGGUUGAAAGCCAUUCCACCGGAGCUGAACGCACUCGUGGUCGAUCUUUGGCGAUACAAGGUAGAUCGGUGGCAGCGGCAACAAGCAAAUGAAGUCGGUGCUCAGUACCACCUCAAGGCGGCCAUUGCCUACAUCGGGUACACCACGGACCACAAUGACCCCGUAGAGCUGGCACCGGUUGGUGAGGACGCCCUUGAAACCGGUGCCGUUCGGUGUCUACGUUACGAAGACGUAGUCCGCUCUGCUACACUGCUGCGGUCCCAGCGCGUGUUGGAGCAGUUUCGUGACGAAUCGUGUAAGCUAAUCGAUCGACGUCGAGCUGAUGAUCGGCUAACCGUGGAAACGAUACUGGAGCAUCAACCGGACGUGUCGAUUGUCCUGUCGGCCAGUGCCUUUGGCCUGCUACUGAACGAAUCACGCGUUAGGGGCGAGCAGUGGACUAUACCGUUUCGGAUAGCGACAGUGGCCGGCCGUAGAGUGUUCCUGGUGGAAAGUAAGCUGCCGCCACUCAAGUUAUCCACAUACGACCGCAACGCCAAGGGACACCGUAUGUUAGUGAAGAGCUACAUCAAGUUUCUUCAAACCGACCAAACUGUAGCGGAUGGAGCGAGCUUUCCAAAGUCUCUCCCCUCCGAGGAGCAGCCAUUCAGAGCGGUCCCGUUCGAUGAAUACAUGCAAAGGAUGGCGAGCAAGAUGUCCACCAAAGGCAGUGCAUUGCGUGAGAACCGGUUCUAUCAGCUGUGGAAACUGAAAGAGAAACAAGACGAACACUUCCUGCUUAUCGCCUUCCGACAGGAUUGCUACGAAUCACUGCGGAAGUUGCGCCUGUUCAUGAACAUCUCCGUGAAGCUGGAACAUCAGCCGGAAUUCGGUGCGGAACAGAUGACGAAGGUGGAACUGCUGCGCGAAUGGACCCGCCAGCUAUUGCGCCCAAACUCCAAAACGCUCCGAUUGCGCAUAAAUACCCUUAAUCACACCGUCAUUUCACACCACUAUCUGGAGCUGCGCGAUAUCGAAGAGGAGCUGUUGCGCCUGUAUGGAAUCAACCCGCACCAUCUGAUCACCAGUGUUUGGUGUACGCUGCGCCUUAUACAAAACUUUCCUCCGGGAGAGUACAUUCUGCAGCGUGAUGAUUACAGCGCACAGGGUUUGUCGGUGUACGCGCGAGCGGACAGCAAGCCGGCGGAGAACGGUAUAGUGAUCGAUCUCGCGAAGCGUAUGGCCGCGAUCGACUACGAUAUCCCACCGCUGGAACAGUACGAAUGGAUACCGAUCGACAAAUGUUUUAUCACGCAGUUGCACCGCGAAAACAUGCUCCUGCCAUGCACUUUUCCACACUGGCGCAGGGCGCGACAGUUGGAGUCACGCAAGAAACAUAAGGUGCGGGCCAAACUUCCGAAUCCGGUCGUUCGGAAGAAAAGUGGAAAAACUAGUGCGGCAAAGGCCCUAAGAAAAGCGAAACGCAAGGUGGUCAAGCAGAAACAACGGGAACAGUUGAUGAUGCAGGAAAACUUGCAGAAAUCGCUCGAUCAGUACGCACCAUACGAAGGACCGUCCAAGGGAGCGCAACAGCCGGUUGAGAGAACUGUCCCGGCCAAGAGUGCGACGAACGAGGCGGUGCCUUCGCUGAAGGACACUGCUUCGACUCAGUCUAUCGACUACGGCGCUUACUUGCAGCAAGUCGCAAAGUACGGCGACCAAUAA